GGGCCCCCGUACCGCCCUCCUCAUGCUGCUGCCAGGCCCGUAAUCUGCCAUGGGCCCCCGUACCGCCAUCCUCAUGCUGCUGCCAGGCCCGUAAUCUGCCAUGGGCCCCUGUACCAGCCUCCUAAUGCUGCUGCCAGGUCCAUAGAGGUGUCAUGGGUCCCUGUACGGCCUCCCAUUGCUGCUGUCUCCAAAAUCGCCACACUCUGCCAUGUGCCACUUUCAGGUCUCCUCACACUGCUGGUGGGUUUCCAUUUUUGUCAUAGGGUGCUGUAUGGUCCCCAUUGCUGCUCUGCCUCUCCACCGCCACACUGUGGCUCCCACACUCUGGUUUUGGCCCCGUGUGACUGCCCAAAUGAGUGAAGUGUGCGUGAUUCUAAGAUCGACGGCACUCAUCUGCAUGUCAUACUGACUGACAGUAUUAUUUCUCUUCCCCAGCAGACUCCAAGGGCAUUUAAAUUAAAGGUACAGAUGUCUGCACUAAUAUGA